AUGGUUUCUAGAAUCAAACCAGAGGGAAGGCGACCAAGAGGCAGUUCCAGGCUGUUGUAUUGUGACUUCAUGGAGAGGCUUGGGCGAGUCAGAGGUAGUACCAUGGCGGAUAUGAGGAGGAGGACCAAUGACAGGGAUCAGUUGAUGGAAAAAGAAGAAGAAGAAAGAAUAAGGGUUAUCAAUUUUCACAAUAUAGAAUUAUAUUCAGAAACAUUAUCUUCUGUUUCCGACCAGAUGGCAAUAUCUUUCGAAGAAUAA